AUGGAAAUAGAUGAAGCAGAGGAUCCAGCAACUGAUAUUGAUGAGGAAGACAAGGGCAAUCCAUUAGCUGUAGUAGACUAUGUAAAUGAUAUCUAUAGCUUCUACCGUGAAACAGAGGUCCUUAGCUGUGUUCCUUCAGACUACAUGGCUCAUCAACCCGCCAUAAAUGAAAAAAUGAGAGCAAUUUUGGUGGAUUGGAUCAUUAAGGUUCAUUUGGAUUUUCGGCUCAUGCAUGAGACACUGUUCCUGGUAAUCAACAUUUUUGAUAGAUAUCUCUCAAGACAAACAGUAGUAAGAAAGUCAUUGCAGCUUGUUGCAGUGGCUGCCAUGUUUGUGGCAUGCAAAUAUGAAGAGAUCUCUAUUCCUCUUGUUGAAGAAUUUAUUUUCAUUACAGACAAUGCUUACACAAGAUCUGAACUUCUGCACAUGGAGAAAUCCAUCCUCAAUAAGUUGAAAUUUUCUAUUAGCCUUCCAACUCCUUAUGUGUUUAUGAGGAGAUUUCUUAAGGCAGCUGGAUCAGAUAAAGAUUUGGAGAUGGUAUCCUUCUUUCUCAUGGAAUUGUGCCUGGUUGAGUACAUUAUGUUGAAGUACCCACCUUCAUUAUUAGCAGCUGCAGCAGUAUACACAGGUCACUGUACCCUGAAAAGGGCUCCAUCUUGGAACAAAACAAUGGAGUGCCACACUACUCAUACUGAAAACCAACUCAUGUGA